UGGAAAGUCAAGCCUAUCUUUCUCCAUUUAUAAACCACACGCGGGUAUCCUUCAGUUUCGUCACCUGAAAAACUCGAUUUCCUUCCGUGAGACGUCGUCGUCGUCAGUUUCAAUCGAAGGUUGCUUCCUUGGAGCGGCCGGAAUUAACGCCGGAGAACUCAGCGUCUCUCUCUGAAAUUCUCUAAUCGGUGGAGAAUCGCCGGAUCGAAAGUUCGUCAUAUAUAAUAGUAUGAUUCGUAGUGUGUGGUUUUAUUUUUUCCUCUCUUUCUACGUUUCCGUGAUUAGAUCCUUCGUUCCUUGGAUUAUUUUCCGGUAAUGUGUCUCUCUAAAUGCGUGGUUGAAUUGUCUGAUACACUCUAGUUUUUGAUCGAUUGAGUUCCGUAUAGUUUUCGAAAAGACUUGGAAGAUUUCAGAAGAAGCCGUUGUUUGGAAAAAAAUUUAGCUCGAGGCAUGUCUCGAAAAUGGUGAAUUUCUCUGCAAAUAGGUUAUCUUAUCUGUUGGAUGUGGAGGAAGUAGAGAUCGUAGGCUUUCGUAAUCUCUCUAGCAGAUUUAGUUUUGUGCUUCAUAGACUAUGUUAAGCCGAACUUCCAUAGACAGAAUACAUCUGACACUUCUUUGUGCUUCUUGGGGGAAUCCUUUGUAUCGUUGGAAGGGCUCAUAGGCGCUGUUUCAGGGGUGAAAGCUAGAUUUCAAGGUGAGUCUCAGAGCCUCGCUCUACUUCUCUUUGGUCUACUGAUGAAAGGAUCCGUAAGGGUGAGAUAUAUAGGUCUCUGAGAAACAUCUUCCUUCUUGUUGAUCUAGCGAAAAAUCCAUCUCCUUCUUCAGCUUAGCUAGCUACCCUUUGCGUUGGCAUCUCCAUUGAUAUUAUUCUUCGUUAACCCAGACUUGUGAAAUCUUCAUUUUCACCUAAGUAUAUCCCUUGAUCAUGCACUCUUAAACUAUCUCUGUUUGUCAUCUCUGAUUUGGCCAAGAGUGGUCGUUUUUCUUGAAGAAGGCGGCCUGGUUGCUCACCUUUUUUUUGUAGUCUGUAUCUCAGCUAUGGUUCCUAUAUAGUUCCGUUGGUUACCCUUUAGCUCAAGAGAAAACCAGCCAGCUUUGAAGACAGAGUUCGAUAAACUUAGAGUACUCUUCAGGCUUUUGUUUCCUUUUAAGAAAUUUCUGAUUCGUAUGUUGACUGAAGAAAAUUAGUGCAAAGUGCCUGUGGGGGAGGUUGGGCAUAUCCGGUUUAAACUGGAUAGAUUUCCCAAGAUUUCAAGGACUGAACUGGUUGGAGUCGUUUCAAAACUGGAUUGUCUUGGUGCUGAUUGGAUUGGCCUGCUGCAAUGUAGAUGGAGGCAACAGUGCAUCGAGUUUUUUUUUCCUGGAUUUUCAGGUGACAAACGUUGUUUUGGAAAUGAUGAAUAUAUAUUCUAAAUCUUUUCCUACUUGCAGGUUUCAUAAGCUUUUUCAGUCAGCUGGCAUUGUCUGCCAAUAUCACUCACAGAUAAUUCGUAAUGGCGCAAGUUCAAUUCAACCAUUUUGUUCAGCAACCCCAGAAGGCUGACAGAGAGGAGAGUGAGAUGUCAAGAAAUUUGUCCCUUCAUUCAUGCAAUGAAGAAUCUGAGUCGCCAGAAUUGGAGGCAGUGGAGUCACUAUUAAAAGAAGUCCUUGGCAGAGGACAUAUGGAGCAUGGAUGUCCACACUACAGAAGAAGGUGUUGCAUUAGAUCUCCUUGCUGUAAUGAGAUCUUUGGUUGCCAUCACUGUCAUUAUGAGGCGAAGAACAGUAUAAAUGUAGAUCAGAGACAGAGGCAUGAUAUUCCUCGCCAGAAAGUUGAACAGGUUAUUUGCUUACUCUGUGGCACUGAACAAGAGGUUCGUCAAACUUGUAUUAAUUGCGGAGUGUGCAUGGGGAAGUACUUCUGUGAAGUCUGCAAGCUCUAUGAUGAUGAUACAUCUAAGAAACAGUAUCACUGCGACGGGUGUGGAAUCUGCAGAAUCGGUGGGCGUGAAAAUUUCUUUCACUGUUAUAAGUGUGGCUGUUGUUAUUCAAUCCUUCUCAAGGACAGUCACCCUUGUGUUGAAGGAGCAAUGCAUCACGAUUGCCCCAUUUGUUUUGAGUUCCUGUUUGAAUCACGUAACGAUGUGACGGUGUUGCCAUGUGGACACACAAUCCAUCAGAAGUGCUUGGAGGAGAUGAGAGAACAUUACCAAUACGCGUGCCCACUUUGCUCAAAAUCUGUAUGCGACAUGUCAAAGGUGUGGGAGAAAUUUGACGUGGAGAUUGCUGCUACACCAAUGCCAGAACCAUACCAGAACAGAAUGGUUCAGAUUCUCUGCAACGAUUGUGGGAAAAAAUCGGAGGUACAAUUCCAUGUGGUGGCUCAGAAAUGCCCAAACUGCAAAUCAUACAACACUCGCCAAACCCGAGGCUGAAGCUGGCUUUUUGUAAGCAUGGCGUUUUCAAGUUUGUUAUCAGAUGCAUUCAAGAGCAAAAUUCACUUGAGCCAAUUGUGCUGUCGUUGGCUCCUUAACCUUAGGACUCGUCUCUCGACUCUUAUCUCUUCACUCUCUUCUUUAAUAUUCUCGGUCUAGUCUCUUGUUAGCUUGUGUUCUGUAAUAAUAGUCUAGUUACUAUCCAUUAUAAUAUUGUCUCCUUUGUCCCAACUCUGAGUUAUAUCAAAGUACAUGGUUUAUUUAAAACAAAGGUAUCGAACAGUCAACAGUGAACAAAGAGCUAGUAUGCAUGAAAAUCACAUUUACCAUUCAAUGAUUAUCGAAGUCUUAGAGCUAGAAAAAAAUUUAUUAGUUUCAUGUAUUUUUAAAAUUUAAAAUAAAAAAUAAACAAGAAACAAGUGUGAUAUGGUGUU